AAUAACGAGAUUAGUUAGGGUUAUGUUAAAGAAUUGCAUCAUACACGUGGAAAAGUCUAGAAAGAAAAGCGCCACGAAACCAGUAUAAUUAAACUUUAACCUUUUAAUAAAAGAACCUUUAAAUUAUAAUUAUCGUCCAAUCUAGAUAAGAUGAUAGAUUAUGACAUAUUAUAAUUAACUGCUUUUCGAGGAACUCAAAAGUCAGCUGAUUUCUUUUUUUUAUAAAUCUGUUUUAAGCAUUUAUUAGAUCGUUAUUCAGCAUCCGGGUCCCUAUUAUCGCCUCCUAGUCCCCACGUGUUCCCCUCUCUACAACCGUUUGCUUCUAUAGGAGUGUAUCGCCCGCCAAGAUUAAAAUGUUGCACCUUCCAUCGGUUUUUCGUACCAGCGCUCUACGUCGCUUGACUCCAGCCCUGAGAAGAUAUUAUGCUAAAGAUAUAAAAUUUGGUCCUGAUGUUCGUGCUAUAAUGCUGCAAGGGGUUGAUGUCUUAGCUGAUGCUGUUGCUGUAACUAUGGGGCCUAAGGGAAGAAAUGUUGUCAUUGAACAAUCUUGGGGAUCUCCAAAAAUCACAAAGGAUGGAGUAACUGUAGCAAAAGCUAUUGAAUUAAAAGAAAAAUUUCAAAAUAUUGGAGCUAAACUUGUACAGGAUGUAGCUAAUAAUACAAAUGAAGAAGCAGGUGAUGGAACCACAGCAGCCACUGUGUUGGCCAGAGCCAUAGCACGAGAAGGAUUUGAAAAAAUUAGCAAAGGUGCUAAUCCAAUUGAAAUUCGUAAAGGGGUGAUGAUGGCUGUUGAAAAAAUAGUUGAAGAACUCAAGGCACUAUCAAAACCUGUAACAACUCCAGAGGAAAUUGCUCAGGUAGCAACUAUAUCUGCUAAUGGAGAUAAAAAUGUUGGUGACCUAAUUUCAAGUGCAAUGAAGAAAGUUGGUAGUGAAGGUGUUAUUACAGUAAAGGAUGGUAAAACUCUACAUGAUGAACUUGAAGUUAUUGAAGGAAUGAAAUUUGACAGAGGAUAUAUUUCGCCAUAUUUUAUCAAUACAGCCAAAGGUGCAAAAGUUGAAUUCCAAGAUUCUUUAUUACUUCUGAGUGAAAAGAAGAUCUCUAAUAUUCAAUCAAUUAUUCCUGCAUUGGAAUUAGCAAAUAGAGUGAAGAAGCCUUUAAUCCUUAUUGCUGAGGAUAUAGAUGGUGAAGCUUUAACUACACUUGUUUUGAACAGGUUAAAAAUUGGAUUGCAAGUUGCUGCAGUUAAAGCUCCUGGAUUUGGUGACAAUCGUAAAAAUACUUUGCAAGAUAUGGCCAUUGCCACAGGUGGUAUUGUAUUUGGAGAUGAUGGUAACUUUAUAAAAUUAGAAGAUGUUACUAUGGACUAUUUAGGGGAAGUUGGAGAAGUAAUAAUAACAAAGGAUGAUACACUUCUACUAAAAGGAAAAGGUGAUCCAAAACAAAUUCAGCAGAGAAUAGAACAGAUUAAGGAUGAAAGAGAACUUUCAAAUUCUGAAUAUGAGAAAGAAAAAUUAAGUGAACGGUUGGCAAAAUUGGCAAAUGGUGUUGCUGUUCUUAAGAUUGGAGGAACAAGUGAAGUGGAAAUGAAUGAAAAGAAAGACAGAGUUAAUGAUGCUCUAAAUGCUACAAGGGCUGCAGUUGAAGAAGGUAUUGUUUCUGGUGGUGGUGUUGCUCUUUUGAGAUGUUUACCUUCUCUAGAAAAAUUAGUUCCAGAAAAUGAAGAUCAGAAAAUAGGUAUUGAAAUAAUAAAAAAAGCAGCUAAAAUGCCCUGUAUGCAAAUAGCAAAAAAUGCAGGUGUAGAUGCUUCUGUAGUAGUUCAAAAAAUAAUGGAUUCAAAACCAGAAAUAGGUUAUGAUGCACUAACUUGUCAAUAUGUUAAUAUGAUGGAAGCAGGAAUUAUUGAUCCUACCAAAGUUGUACGUACCGCCUUGAUGGAUGCAGCAGGAGUAGCCUCUCUACUAACAACAGCUGAAGCAGUAGUAGUAGAAUUACCUAAAGAAGAAAAAUCUCCAAUGGGAAUGGGAGGAAUGGGCGGUAUGGGUGGAAUGGGAGGCAUGGGCGGUAUGGAUAUGUAAAAUAGUGAUAUAGGAAUUUAAAUUUGUAUAAGGACGUUUUGCGUGGAAUUCCAAUCAUCUGCAUCAUCCAUAAUUCUACACACGUGUGAAGCUGUGUCUUAAAUAAAACUAGAGUAGAGACUUUAUACCUUUUUAUUGUAAAAGCUCAGAUUACAGAUCUAAACUGAAGCUAUAUUUUUCAUACAGAUCUACAUGCUAAUUAUGGCACAGAAAUUAUGGAUUAUUGGGAUUCCUGAAGUAAAAUAUACAUUCAAAUAUCAUCAAUUUGUAUGAUCAUGUCAUUUUUUUUUGUUUACAUCAGUCAUCUAUCAGAAUUUUUGGUACAUUAUAGUUUAGUAAUAAAAGAAAGAUAUACAGUAAA